AUGCUGUGCAUCGUCGACCUCAAGUCUCACCGGGCUUGCAGGCUGGUGAGGGCGAGCAGCGUGCAGGAGGAUGCGCCUGUCACCUCCAUAGAGCAGGAACGCUUUGAUAAGAUUGCAGAGGCAUUAGUUGCGAAGCUGCAGGACCUACCGGACACAGUUGUUGACGACGGCGUGCUCGAGGCUGACGUCUUCUCUGACGAGUCCCUGCUAAUGGAGUUCGGCGCAGACCCCGAAGCCGCAGCCGCCCAGCUCGCGACGCGCCGCGCCGCCUCCGGCGCCGCCGCCUCCCCAAGCGGCGCCGGCCCCAGCCCCAGCGGCGAUGACGCGGCGUCCUUCGUGCCACGCAAGCGGCGCUCCGCGCAGCAGCUUCCCCUUUCGGCCCUCCCUAAGGUGGCCGUCGUGGGCCGCCCGAACGUGGGCAAGAGCGCAAUGUUCAACCGCAUUGCUGGGUCUUCGGUGGCUGUUGUCUACGACUACCCCGGCGUCACCCGGGAUCGCAUCUACACGCGCGCGUUCUGGGGCGACAAAGAGUUCUGCCUCAUAGAUACAGGCGGCCUGAUGAGCGACGCGACGCGCUUGCCCGUGGAGCAGCAGGAGGAGGCGAUGCGGUCUAUCAGCGCGGAGGGCCUGCCCCAGGCCAUCGAGCGCCAGGCGGCCGCGGGCGUGGCUGAGGCGGACAGCAUUGUGCUUAUGGUGGAUGGCCAGGCGGGGCUGCAGCCGGGGGACGGGGAGAUCCUGGACUGGCUCAGGCACAACCACCCCGGCAAGCCGGUGGUGCUGGCGGUCAACAAGUGCGAGAGCACCACCAAGGCCGACAUCCAGGUGGGGCGCGCCCCGGAUGCGGCAGAGGCGGCGGCGGUCGAGGGCGGGGCCCCUAGCAGCACAGGGCUCCUCGCGUGCCCGGCCGCCGAGUUCUGGGAGUUGGGCCUGCAGCCGCACGCGGUCAGCGCGAUCAGCGGCACCGGCACCGGCGAGAUGAUGGACGCGCUCGCCAAGACGCUGCCGCCGCCGCGCGACGCGCCGUCCGAGAGCGUCGACGACGCGCCCCUCGCGGUCGCGAUCGUUGGGCGCCCCAACGUCGGCAAGAGCAGCCUCAUCAACGCCAUCGUGGGGGAGGAGCGCUCCAUCGUGUGCGACAUGAGCGGCACCACGCGCGACGCCGUCGACACGCCCAUCACGCUGCCCGGCGGCGAGCGGCUCACGCUCAUCGAUACGGCGGGCAUCCGCAAGCGCGCGCGCGUGGCGGACAGCAAGGACGGCGCUGAGUCCAUCAGCGUGGACCGCGCGCUGAGGGCGAUGGGGCGCGCGGAGGUGGUGGUCAUGGUGGUGGACGCGUCGGAGGGCGUGACGCAGCAGGACUUCCGCCUGAGCGAGCUGAUCGCGCGCGAGGGCCGGGCCGCCGUCAUCGUCCUGAACAAGUGGGACAAGGUUGACCUGGAGAAGGUCACACAGGAGAAGGCGGUGGAGGACACCCUAGCGCAGCUGCGGGCCAUCGGCUUUGCGACCGUCGUCUGCACGACCGCCAGCCGCGGCCGCCGCGUGGAAGACGUCGUCGCAGCCGUCCUCGCCGCCGGCGCGCAGCACCGCCGCCGCGUGCCGACGGCGACGCUCAACCUGGUCGUGCGCGAGGCGGUCGCGUGGAAGGGGCCGCCGAUGGCGCGCGGCAGCGGGCGGCAGGGGCGCGUUUACUACGCGACGCAGGCGGCGGUGCGGCCGCCGACGUUUGUCAUGUUUGUCAACGACCCGCGGCUGUUCUCGGACGAUUACAGGAGGUGCGGAUGGGGGCCUGAUGAGCCAGGCGGAGGAGGGGGGGACGGGCGGGCGGCGAGGCGCGCCGGAUAA